AUGGCAGAAAACAAGCCUAUCAAUGCAAAGAUAAAAAUCGUAAAGACAAACCAUCAAAUCAGUUCUUCUGCUGCCAAUCCUCAUAAUACUUAUUUAGAUGGAAGAGAAGCUUAAGAAUUAUCAUAGUCUAAUCGUCCUGAAUUCCCAAGCGAUAUUAAUAUAUAUAGCAAUAUUCUUGAAUGGUAUAUUAGAACAUUAGGGGACGAACUCUAUAAAUUAGCAUUUAUUAAUAAAGAGAAAUACUAUAGAAUUAAAGUCUUUUGGCCCUAAGAUUAUGAAGCUUUUUUAUUAAAUGAUCCUAAAAAUACAAUGUAGGUUGAAAAUGCAAACUAACAGAGACCUAAACAAAUAGAUAAUGUUAGAUAUUAUCUGAAUCAAUUCUAAGGUUUUGAAAUUGAAGAUUAUUUUGACAUUAUAAUCUUUCCAAAAAUUGAUAAGGCAUAAAAUAAUGGAUAGAGAUUAUAGUUAAGGGUUCUAGUCAAUCCAUUUACUUAUUAUAUACAAGAAUAUUCUGAAUAAAAAUUUUAAAUGGAAGCAACUUAUUCUAAAAUUGAGGGUCUUGAGUUAUUUGUAGAGUAUGAAUCUAAACUAUUUUUUACAAAUACCAUAGAUAUUUUAUAAGAAUUAACUAAUCACAUUUUAUAAAAAUACGUUUUAAGAUAGGAGUAUUAAUAAGAUAAGAUAAAAAUAACAAUGGAUUAAUUGAGAAAUAGAAUGGCACCCAUAAUAAAAGAAGAAACAAGAGUAGUUCUAUAUGAAUUAUAUAAAGAUUUAUGAAAUUCAUCAUUAUAAAUUAAUUUAAGUUACAAUAGC